CCAAGAUCUCAGCAUUGAUGCUGAGAAUCCAGGAUUGACUGGCAACACAUGCACGUCUUCUGCGAUCACUUCAUGACAAGUCCCCAUCGGGGCUUCGUUGUUAUCCCAGCAUCCCAAUGGGGAAAUCGAGUAUGUCAGAUGCAGUCGACGACCAGUAAAACACAUUGGGCUCUCGUAGAACGGCCCUCAGAUCCUUCCUGCUGGCUGUAAAAUGACGACGCCACCGCCUCGACGUCUCCACCGACGUCAUGGUCCACCGUCGGCACUGCAGGAUUCUCGUCUGGCCUACGGUCUUUUCGCACAUUCGGAUAAUUCCGGCCUGCAGACGAGGGUCAAGUGUGGACAGGUUGUCUCCCCGCGGCGUGGAUCCGUUUUUCCAACCCGCGCUGUAUGCUUACAGAAAGCGAAUGACAUACAUCUCCGU